GACAUAUCAUGUUGUUUAUCCGAGCGUAGCUAGUGAGAAACACCUUCGAAUAAUGAGYAUCGUUCGCUUUGUCACCGUCUGUGCGUAUUUUUAUGGCUUUUUGCAAGCUCUUCCAAGGUUGAUCAUUGAAAUGGCAACAGAAGAUAUUGUCGCAGGCACUUUUAUACAGUCACCUGUUUUAAUGCUACUCUUUGCGUCUUCAGACACCAUCACAAAAAUGUGCAGUCCCUUGCUGAUCAGGAAGAUUUCAUUCCUUCCUACUGCCAUCCUUGUUGGUUUAGUUUGGCUUGUUUCAUAUCUUCUCAUUGUGGCAGUUKACAGUAUUGCGCUUCGACUUCUUGGUGUACUGACGUAUGGAAUUGCUAAUGGAUUAGCUAACGUUUUAAUCGUGUUACUGCUAGCCUACUUUGAUGAAAUUGAAAGGAAUGCAAGUGCUUUUCAGAUKGGAGCGAGUUCAUCGUAUCUAUUCGCUGCACUUCUUUACACAAGUUCAACUGCCUGGCAGUGCGUUUCACCUCGAGUAACUAUUGCGUUUUCCUUUCCACUGGGAUUUUCCACUUUAAUCUUCUAUGGAAUUCUAAAUCACGGUUUUCUGAAGAAGUACCAAAUUACCGAGCAUCGAUUACACCACAAAUACACACAGUUGACAUCUGAUCAAAAACACGAGAAGCAAGUCAAACUUAUAAASUACCUUCAAUUCUUCUUGGAAAUGUUGCCCUUUGCAAGCUAUGUAUUUCUUGCAUAUGUGGCUUAUUACGUUGCUGCAAACUCGGUGCUUACAACUCUCACUUUCCCUUCRGCACCAUUUCGUGUCCGCGACCAUUACCAAUACUACAGAUUGGCUGGCAACAUUGGACAAGUUCUUGGGGGGAUGACAUUGAUGUUGGAAUCAUGGCUUUGUCCUUCUGGAUGGUUCAGCAAGAUAUUCUGUAGUCAGAAGAUCUGGGUCCUUGUUCUGGUCCAUGUAGGUCAUCUGAUGUUUUUUCUCUGUGCCUCGUGGUAUCAUUUCGUGCAAAGUGUUUAUACCAUACUACUAUUAAGUGCAAGCCAUGGUUUCUUGCUUUGUUUCAUCUCUGUAAGAGCACUGUCUUCUUCUGCUGAGSWCUUUGRUGAUUUAMGWGACAGAGGCAYGGCAAUGGCUUUCACUGAAAUUGGCAUCUCAUUGGGUCGACUUGUUUCAGGGUUAGUUGGUAUUUUUGUAGAACAAUAYUUAUGGCAUCACUGUGUCAACGAACUGUUCAUGGGCAAAUUUUGCWUGGCUAGAUUCUCCUCUGGGGCUGGUUGGAACGAGAAUUUGAACURUAYAUAAUCUGUAUGUAAUCUGGUAGAUUCCAUGCAGUCUCCUUGCUUUUGAUCAUCUAUUCGUGCKUAGACGAGGGACAAGGAACACAUCUGCACACGACCGCACAGAUGAUACUUAAAUCAACAUAUAAAARAAUAAAUCAGCUCGUGUUUUUAUUUAUCAAGUUCGUUAAUAAUUAUAAGGUAAAUACAAUGGAAAAUCAUUGCCGUGACUGAUAUCUCAAUGAGCAAGAUAUUUGUCCUGAUUUGCAUACGACUUUAGGCCCGUAGGCUGGGGAGUACGGGGGUUCGGACGAAUCCCCGACCUCCUAUUAACUUGAAAGGUCCGGAGUUUCUCUUUAUAUUGUUCUAUUCUAAGGCUGCCUACAGGCCUGGGCUUUAACAUAUUUAUCAUGUCAUAUUUAUCUAUUAGUUUCUUAUCUUGUUUUGGAAUUAAGUUUAUGUAUCUUUGUGUGCAAAGCUCCAAAUAAAAUAUGUACGCAUGUAUACUUUGUAUAGUUUAAAACACGAUCUCGAGUGUUUUAAACGGCUUAA